AUGCUCAAAACGAGAAAUGACCGAAGCGUUUUUUGUGUUACUAUAGAAUGCCACAUUUCAUGUGACGGAGGUUGUCGUGAUGGUACGGCGAAGGGAUGUGAAGGUUGCAAGGAUGGAUGGCUAGAUUCUGAAGAAGAUGGAUGCAUUGAUAAAGAUGAAUGUACGAAUUCAGACGAUGUUUGUGGAUCAAAAAAAUAUUGUGUUAACACAGCGGGAAGCUAUAAAUGCGAAGAUUGUGACCGUUCCUGUGAUGAAAACUGCACUGGACCAGGGAACAAAGCCUGUUUAGCUUGUAAAACCGGUUACUCUUUGGUGGCCGACGAGGGAUGUAAAGAUAUUGAUGAAUGUGCUAUUGGCGAGGUCAAUUGUGAAGAUGGAAAAUACUGUGCGAACACUCCAGGCUCUUACGAGUGCACUGACUGCGAUAAAGCCUGCUCCCAAUGCUCCGGACCUGGUACUGAGAAGUGUUCAGCCUGUAACUCUGGUUACGAGAUGAGGGAUAAAGGUUGUGAAGACGUCGAUGAAUGCACAAACACGAAGUUGUGUCCGGGGGAGAACGAACAUUGUAAAAACAUGCCUGGUUUCUACUCGUGUGUUUGCGACUCUGGCCACACGAAGAAAAAUGGGAAGUGCGUCAAAGGUAAAAAAAAGAAAAAACCUAAGAAAUCCGAAGACGAAAUACGUUUGGAUGAUUUGAAAAAAGGAAAAUUUGUAGAAGAGUGGCAUUUGAAAAUGGGCUCUUUGCUGUAUGCCGUGUUCUUCGCUCUAAUGUUAUGGGCGUUCUCGAGACGCAGUGCCAGCGGUGUUGCAGCGCUUGUUGUCUUAUAUUUGUCCGUUUUAUUUGCUCUUAGAAGAUCUAACGAGAGCGAGGAUUAG